AUGAGUAAUAGUAGACAGUUACCCUUUGCUGAUGCAGCUACCAUAGUUAGGGCACAUCAAAAGGAUGCCUAUUUUGAGUCUUCAUAUAGAAGUCAACUUCAAGAUUUGAUCCAAAUGAUCAAGGGUCAAAGGUUUAUUAAUGCCCAUCCAGAAGAGAUCACAGUAUUUGCCAAAGCCAUUUACUUGGCACUCACGACACUAAUUGGAGCUAGAACAUUAGGUGAGGAAUAUGUGGAUUUGAUAUAUGUGAAUCGAUCAGGAAAGAAGUUGCCCCGAUUUCUACCGAGACUAGGUUUCAUAGUGGCAUACGCAUUGAUUCCAUACAUUGUCAACAAAACAAUCAAGUAUGUUCAAUUAAAGAAGGAAAAGAAUCUCGAAGACGGUAAAAAGGCAGACUCGUGGUUAAUGAAAUUUUUAUCGAGCUAUACUGAUGUCUUGGACACAUUAUUGAAUCUCCAUAUUGCCAUUUUUUAUUUCAAAGGUGAAUUUUAUUCAUUAUCAAAGAGACUAUUUGGUCUUCGUUAUGCAUUUGGCCAUCACAAAGAGCCAGAAAAGAUGCAACGUGGCAAUUAUUCGCUUCUUGGUGCUUUAAUGGUUAUACAAAUUGCUGUCAAAUCGCUCAUAAAUUUGAAAGAGUACAGUGAUGAGUAUAUCAACAAGGAGGAUACCAGCAAAGAGAAAUCAGUCGCGACUGAUGAAAGUGACGCAAAAAUCACUAGUAUCACCCAGUUGAGUCAAUUGAGUAACAACUUUGAUUCCAAGUAUUUGAUCGAUUUAAAUGAUGAAUCGCAAUUGCCAUACUUACAAAAUGAAUCACGAAAUUGUAUGUUGUGCUUAUCGCCUAUGGUAACUCCAUCGGCUGCAAAUUGUGGUCAUUUGUAUUGUUGGGAUUGCAUAGUUGACUGGAUAAGGGAGAAUCCGGAAUGUCCGUUAUGUAGACAACAGUGUUUAGAACAACACUUGUUACCUUUGAAGUAG